GCAGUCAACCAACAGAAAGAUGAGGAGUACGAAUGGAAGGGGCCUUUCUACUUCAUCCAAGGAGCAGAUCCUCAGUUUGGACUGAUGAAAGCUUGGGCAAUUGGAGACUGCGACAAUGGAGGUGAUGAAUGGGAAGAAGAGAUCAAAUUAACAGAGCAAGCUGUGCAAGCCAUUAACAAGCUAAAUCCGAAACCUAAGUUCUUUGUGUUGUGUGGAGAUCUUAUUCAUGGAAUGCCAGGAACUCAGUGGAGAAAGGACCAAGAGCAAGAUCUGAAGAACGUCCUAAAGAACACUGACCAGGACAUCCCGUUGGUAUUUGUCAGCGGCAAUCACGAUAUCGGCAAUACUCCAACCAGAGAAACAAUAGAUACUUAUUGCAAGAACUGGGGAGAUGACUAUUUCAGCUUUUGGGUUGGAGGUGUUUUCUUUCUUGUGCUAAAUUCUCAGUUAUACUUCGAUUCUUCUAAAUGCGCUGAGUUAAAGCAAGCCCAGGAUGUGUGGCUUAAUGGACAGCUGGCUGUAGCGGAAAAACGUAAGUGCAAGCAUAUAAUAGUAUUUCAGCACAUCCCUCUAUUUCUGAGAAAGCCUGAUGAAGAAAAUGACUAUUUCAACCUGGAAAAAUCAGUUCGUCAAGAGAUAAUGGAGAAGUUUCACAAAGCAGCUAUUGAGCUCUGCCACUGUAAGACUUCAGCCUGUCAGAAGCUAGAGACCUUGGACAGAAUUCACAAUUUGGUGGAGGACAUCUUGCCACUAAAACGCGUUAAAGCUGUGUUUUCUGGACAUUACCACAGGAAUGCUGGAGGGUCCUACAGAGGACUGGAAAUGGUGGUUUCAUCAGCAAUAGGAUGUCAGCUGGGAGAAGAUGAGCAUGGGCUUAGAGUGGUUGUUGUCACAGCUGAAAAGAUUGUUCAUAGAUAUUACAGUUUAAAUGAACUGAGCAGCCAAGGAAUAGAUAAAGAUCUGGUGGAUAUGCUUGCUAAGCAAAAUUAGGCUAUAUCAAAUCCCUUUUAACUCAAGUGGUGGAUGUGGUUUUUUCCCACAUUAAACGAAUAGAAAUAUUCAGAAGUUUCCAGAAGCUGAAGGUACACAUUUCUCAUUAUGCAUCAUGCCCCAAACCAACUAUUUGUUUAAAUCCUAAAUAACAAAACAAGAAAGCUUUUAAAGUGUUUCCCUUUUAGAAAAUGAGACCUCUGAGUAAAUGGAAAAAUAAAGGAACGAAUAUGGUAAUGCAUCUUUGAAAAGGACUGUCCUAAGAUUUUUUUACUCUGCUCCUGGACUUUCUUAUGAGAGAGGAACUGUAUCCAGGAAUGAGAGUAGUUGCUUCUAAAUAACCCUGCAACUCAAGUCUGUAUUAAUUCGAUAUUUAAGACAUUUUAAAAUCAGUAAAUUAAAUCAUUUCUGUUUACACUCCGAACAAUAAAAAUGUGUCAUGUUUUUACUCCAGAGGGACAAAUCUAAAACUCAGUGAAAUCAACAGCUUCCCACUGAUUUUUAACAACUUUUGGAUCAGACCUUGUUGCCUACAGAGGUCAUAUUUUCUCCCAUUUCACAUAAUCUCAUCUUCUUAGUUCUUCAGAGUCAACAGCAAUAAGAGAGCAAACACAUUCUGCAAAGUCACAAUUUAUUUUUUUCGUUAUAUCCUGAUUUUAUAUUAUGAAAUGUCUAUAAAUGAAGCUAAUAUAGCUGCCUCUGAGAGAAAUUAAACAUGGAACAAUUAUUUUCCUUUUGAAAUUUAAGCACCAUUCAAUUAGCAUAUAUUAUUGCUCUGUCUUCAAAAGCUGGAAUACCUAUACAGAAAACUGUCAUCAGUAGUCACUUUGUUGAGUCCUAGACAAGUGGAAAGCUUUGAUUUUUAAAUGUAAUUUAAAGUGCCUUGUUGUAAUAUUAUAGCCAAUUAAUGUUAAAUCCUGUAAAAGGUGCAUUUUCUUCACUGGAAUACAUCUAAAAAACAAGUGAUGUUAACAAGAUGAAGAGAAAAAAUCACAUUCUAAGUUCAUGUGCUGCAAACUGCCUAAUUUUGUAGCAAGUGUGUCUGAUUUGUUUACUAUUGAAUUAAAAAAAAAAAAACAACCUGUCUUCAUGUAACUAACACAUACCUCUUUUUUUUACGUUCAAGUAUUUAGCUGAACAUAUUAUAAUACCUGUCACAGGUGAUCCGGCAAUAGAGCUAGCAGAGCUUUACCACCUGAAGAUGGACGAACACAAAUAGGACUGGGCAAAAAAGUAAUGAAUCACACACAGCCCCAUACCCGACACGCGUGCGUGCAUGCCCACACACACACACACACACACACACACACACACAGUCCCUAGAAGAUACUACAGGUGUUUAAGUAUGGUGAGUGAGGCGAUAUACUAUGCUAAAGCGUUAGUUUCAUUACAUUUUAGUCACAACAGUUUAUCUAAACUUCAACCUUUAUUUGUGGGGCUGGUGAAACUCUAAAUUCUGUAAAAUUUUGGACAGCUGUGUUCUUCAAACAGUGAAACAGCUGUACCUGUAGCUGGACAGGACCAAACAUGGCCUACCUUCCCAUGCUAAUUGCCUCAGCAUAGGUCCUGUUUGAUUCAAAAGGAAGGAAAAGGAUUCUGCUUUAAUUCUCCAGCUGGUUUUGCUUAGCUGAAUGCUUUCACAGUCUUACUUUCAAGCAAACAGCUGGGAACUGAGAACUACUUUGAAAUAGGCAAGUACCCAAAUGGUAAGUUCAU